AUGUCAAGCGGUGGCCCUUCAUUGAACGAACCUCUCAAAGGCUUUCUGAAAGUUACAUCCAUCUUCAUCACUUCAUAUUGUCCCACAGUGAAUUUCCCGCAGCUUCUCUCGAUUGUUGCCCUGGCUCGCUACUUUCCAAAGGAUACCGCUGAUGAUGUACAAUUAGACAAGGUUGCUGCCGACGAAGUUCAGCUGGACGUUAACGUCCAUUAA